AUGAGGUCGGAGCACGAGACACCACAGGCUUCAGGAUCGCAGAUAUUACGAGCGCAGCAGCGAGAUGCGUCACAGAUAGCGAGAUUGGUCCAGCUUACCAAGGACCUGCUUCGCUCGCUGAAUGGCUCGACAUGGAUCAUCCACAAAGAGCUCAUCAUUGAUGCUUUGGUCAAGGCUGUAUAUUUGUUCUUGACCCUUGGGUGUGGUAGCCCAUCUCUCGGUGAAGAGUACACCGAUAUCAUGCCGAUAGCUCGGCGAGCCAGAGGGCUCUCCCGCUUGCGACGCAUAUCGGCUGUGCUGAUGCUAAUCAUUCCAAAUCUGGUUCUGGAGCCCUCAACCAUCUCAUGGCUUCGGAAUAGUGUCCCCCAGAACGGCUGGCACGACCUGCGCAGAUCCCUGGCUAGUGUGCUGGAAUCGCCUUUGUGCCAGAUCAUACCGGAGCUGAACAUAAUAGCGUUUAUGUUUAGUGGCUCGUUUCUGGAGCUGGGGAAACGGUUUACCGGGAUUCACUAUGUCACGACGGCACCCGAUACUCGGUUUCCAUCGUAUGAGCCCUUGGGAAUCGUUUUGUUGGUCAACAUGUUUCUGCGUCGUCUCAGGAGGCGUCGCAAUCUACCUCUUGAGCCAUUGACGAUCAGCGAAGAUUCGAUUCACCCGCUUGCAGACCCGCCCAAGGAGAGUGAUCCAGUCACGGAGAUUGGCGACAACACCUAUCUUACCGCCAGAGCUCGUGGAAUUCCUGAUCGACAGUGUUCACUGUGCUUUGAGCCUCGCGGGACCACUGGCGGUACCGUGGCAGUCACAGAAUGCGGUCAUGUGUUCUGCUGGGAGUGCCUUGGAGGUCUCGAAAAGUCUGAAUGUCCACUGUGUCGGCAGGAUCUACGCAUGGAGAGAUUGAUCGCAGCAUAUAAUCUAUAG